UCGGACCUCAGGCCCCACGUAGUCUCCGGCGGCGACUGCGGCGCAUGGCGGCCCUACGACAUCCUGCUCGGGAGACAUCAGUGGCCGCAGGCCCAGGGCACUCCACACGCAGUGACGCCGCCGCCCGGGCGCACCCCGAACGUGGUGAAGGCGACGCAGCCUCUAAGAAGCAAAAGAAGAAGAAAACCCGGAACGGAGCCUCUGUGGCGAGUGGAGGCGGGAAGGUCUCAGAAAAGCCCUGCUCAGAGGAAGCGCCCCUAAGCGCGGAGGCUCAGGCAGAGCAGCUGGCCCGGGAACUGGCGUGGUGCGUGGAGCAACUGGAGCUGGGCCUCAAGAUGCAGAGACCCAGUCAGAAACAGAAAGAGCAGGCUCUUGGGGCAAUCCGAGCCCUGCGUAGCGAAAGAACCCCCCUGCCCCGGAAGAGGCAGCUGAUGCGCUCCUUGUUUGGGGACUACAGGGCUCAGAUGGAAGCCGAGCGGCGAGAGGCCCUUCGGGUUCUCAGGACUGCAGCCCGCACAGCCCAGGUGCGGCCUGUAGCUGAGGCCACCAGAAGGAAGAGUGGAAGGGUCUGCAGGACUCGCCAAGCAGGGGUAGCCAAGGCCACCCUGGACACUCCUGAUGAAGAGUUCAGGUUCAAUUUCUUUUAGCCUGUCCUCCAUCCUGGAACAGUUCCCCUCCCUGGGGAGCAUGGGGGUUUCUGUUGAGUGUAGAGCUUUUCUGGGAAUGCGCUGUUGGACAGAUGUGGUUUUGUCCAUGGUCCGUGGAUCUGGUGCCAUGGCUGCUGGACAGAUGUGAGAUCAGCAUAUUGGGCAAAUUUCAGAUAAGCACAAGACCCAUUUGUAGGUUUUCAAAUGAAAUGUGCUUCCUGCCAGAAGAAGGAGCUCCAUUCAGAAAAGCUUCUACA